UGAGUUCUGUGUUCUGUGAUGACCUCAAGAAACUGCCACUAGGCUGAAAAAAAUGGAAUGGCUGCUAGAAGGCCUGCUUAGGACUAAGGGAGACAUAGGACUUCUCCAAGGCCAGCUGACCCAUGCUCUGGCCUGCAGGCACUGCAGCAGCAUUAUCUGCCCCCAGAGUACAGGGAAUCUGGUGAUACUACUCUUGUUCAUGAUUUGGCAGAUCCGAAGAUUAUGGCAGUUUGGGGACUGGCAACAGCUUCAGUCCUGGUGCUCUGGAGAUAAAGAGAUGCAAGGCAAGGGCCUACACCUUCUGUAUCAUUUGGCCUUCUUUGAUUGCCUGUGGAAGCAAACAUCAGAGGAGGAAGAGGAAGAUGAGGAAAAGAAGGAAAAGGAAUCCUUAUCUCUGGAUCCACUAAAAGCAUAUUAUCCUUCCAAAGACACUCAUGUUGGAAAUGGACUUUCUCCAGCCCCACUGCAGCCAUCCUGCAGUUCUAAGGGCCUCCCCAGGGCCACAGAGUCACAAGAACAAGUAUUCAUACAACCCCCAAGCCCUUCCAGAUCCUUCCCUACCUUCCAGAGCCUGACCAACCUACCUGUGAGGAACAAGAGAGCUUCAGGGAGCUCCCUGCAGCAGAAAAAAAGCCAGCUGUUCUGGAGUCUCCCCUCUCUACACAGUGAGUCCUUGGAGAUUAUUUUCCUGAGCUCAGAUGGCCCCUCUCCACUAAAGUUGUCUAUUUGUCCUUCUGUCUUUUUCAACAAAGUUCCCUUCCUGCCUAUGUACAACCUGUUGCUUCCCCAUUACCACUCCUCAACUUACUGUCCUACCCCUGAAGCACAUACUUUGGAAGAUCUGGAAGAAAUAGCACCCAAUUCUCAAUUAGUUCAAUCUCUACUUUCCCCUCCUAUCCCACUGGUAUUCUCCAAUCUUAAGCCUGUGCUUAAGGGUUGCAAGAGAAUCAUACCUGACACUGAGGCACACACACAGGGGUUUACACAGAACAAAGAGGUUCCUUGUGUCUCUGAGAAUCAAGCCCUAUACCCACAGCCUGAACUCCAAAUAUUUAGAUCCUCCACAUUCUUAUAUUCACCUGAGGUCUGGAGGGAGAUGCCAGGGGACCUCAGCCUCCAUCAACACAAUCCACAAUUGCCUUCUGCCUCUCUGUUGUAUCCUUCUAACCCUCAGGAAAUUCUAGAUAGGUAUGAGAUGCCAUGGAUAACCAUGAAAAAUGAACACCCACAAGCCUCCGAAACUGCAAUGCCAACUACAAGCCCAGUCUCAACUUCCCUGACAGAAUGCCAGAGAGUCAAUCCCAUAGGAGACCUGUCUCAACUGAAAACUCUCUGGGAAACCACAGUGCAAAAAGAGAACCCUCAUAUCUAUGAGCUUCCAAUCUCCGCGCCUUGCCAACUCACAGUACCUAUGACUGAAGGAACUGGCCCUCCAGGAACUCCCCCUGGAUAUAAAGCUCAGUGGGGAGUCAUAGUACAUAAAGACAUUCCCCAAGGUUUUGACCCCCUAAUGUCAGCUUCCUGCCAACCAUCAGGUUCUCUGUCAGAAGUAAAAAAUGUUAGCCUCAAGGACAGACUUUCUGCACCUAAGGACUUCAGGGAAAACAUGGGAUACAGAGAGAACCCACCUGUUUCUAAGUCUCUAGUGUCAGCCCCCUACCCUCCUCUAGAUACCCUGUCAGAAUACCAGAGAGAGAGUCCCCUAGGAGAUAUGUCUGGAUUUAAGCCUCAAUGGCAAUGCAAAGAAAACUCAGGCAGUCCCUGGGCCUUUGAAACUACAACCUUGGACUUCAACAUGGGGUUCUAUGAAGCCACCCCUAUGUGUGUCCCACGGGGACCUGAGACUCAAUUGAAGGGUAUACCUAGCACAGAAAAUCUUUGUGUCUAUGCCAACCUAGUUUCAUCUCCUAGCCUUCCCUCUGCCUCUCUGCCAGACUGUGCAAUAAUGGGCCCCCAAAGAAUCUUAUUAGAGUCCAAAGCUUUAUGGGAGACAAAGGAGCAGAAAAAACAUCUGUUGGUAUCUGACUCCCCAGGUCCCCAUACACCACCUCUAGUCCCCUUUAUAGAACCAAAAAGAAUCAAUACUGUGGAUGACUUCCCUAGAUCAGAAGCCACAGGGGAUAAUACUGAGAAUACAAGAAAAUGUUUGUCUUCUGAGCCUUCUUUUCUGAACCUCAACCCAUCCCCAGCUCUUGUACAGCAACCCCUUAGAGUUAGCCCCAUAGAGAACCCAUUUAAAUCUAAAGCUUGGUGUGGGGACAUUCAAAGAAAAAAUAACUUCUUGGCCUCUGAGCUUCCAGCUCAAAGCUUAUUCCAACACCCGCUUGGACCCAGCCCCGAAGGAGUCUUAUCUGACUUUGAGCCUGCUGGAGGGUUCAUGGAGAAUGAAACCCAUUGUGUUUCUGUAUUCCCAUUUUGGGAAUCCAGUCCACCUCCAAACUCUGUUUUGAAGUUUCACAGAAGUGAGCCUUCUGGAGACCAGUGCAACUAUAAGCCUAUGGAGUCAGUAGUAGAGUGGACAAAGGAUUCCUGGAUCAAUGAACUACCAGCCUCUAGCUUUUUCUCUGCUCUGUCACAAGAGCUACAUUCUGAAACUGAAUUUGUAUGCAGAAAUGUACUAGAAAGAGAAGCCUCUCAAGGUCCCAAUCCUCCAGUAGUGAAUUCUCUGCAAUCAACAUCCUGGCCUAUCCAGCCUGGCCUCCAGAAGGAAGAGAUGUUCUCAGAAGCCAAGGCAGAGGCCUCAUCCUCCCAGGGUGAGGCUGUCUCAGAGGUGUAUGAACAUCCUGUGGUCCAUGCCUGGCAAUGGAGUAGAGAUUUAAAGCUUAGACUGAAGAAACUACAGCAGAGCCCCACUUUCGAAUACCCAGGUUCACAUCACUCAUUUUGCAACUCCCCAGUUCUUAACCAAAGUCCAGAAUCUUGGGGACUUUCCUCUUGUCCCCAACAGACUCAUCCUCUCAGUCUACACCCCUGCUCUUCAAGUAGUCAUCCCCCAAAAGUUCAAAGAGCAGAAGCCCCGUCUGUCCAAAUCCCUCAUUGCUCCCACUCCUCAUCUCAGCCUCAGGUACAAGCUUCUGGUAGAGCAGAACAGCAGUCUCAGAAAAACAAGAGGAUGAAAUGGAAGGCAAUGGUCCAAAUCCCAUCCCCUGGGCAUGGUCACAUGAAGGCAGAUGAGAACUGUUCAGGCAUGGGAGAGCCCUCAAAUACAGGGGUUCUGGUCUCUGGUAAGAGACAAGACAAGACUUUAGUACUACUUUCAACCCAAAGGAGGAGUUCCAGAAAAUCCAAAGCAGAGGAAUGUGGAAGGACUGCAAGAUUAAGAUCACUCACUGUCACAAGGACAAACAACCCUGCCCAGGCCUGCAGACCAGCAGAGGCCUCUAUACCAAGGUUUUCUAAAAAGUUUCAGUAUGAAGCCCCGAGUUCUCCACACUCUGCCCUUGCUCAGCAGCUUCUUCCAAAUGCUGCUGGUCCCCAGGAUCAGCAAAGGACGGGCCUGGAGGCUGGUGAUACCAAGAAGUCGUGCCCUUGUAAGCACUGUCCUUGGAUCCCAAUGAAGAAGCAGCUCCCAUCCUCCUCACCCAACGCUCCCCCUUCCAAAGGUUUCCAAAAGUUAUUAGACAUGUUCCUAGGUGUCCAUAGAGGCCUGCCGACCCAAUCCAGUCAGUAAAGUAUGGUAUUACUGGCACCAAGUAUCCCAUAACCAGAACCAAAUCAGGUGUGGGUAGGGAAAAAGAGACAAAAAGAGAAAUUCCUAAUAAAGUAGUUCAACUAGACAAA